AUGGCGGAGCUGGUCGAGGAAGAGACCUGGGUGCAGGAAGCGGGGGAGGAGGAGGAGCUCACGCCCGUUCCUUCCGCUGUCAUCGGGCGGACCAUCCCGGUCGAGGGCCGCCCCGAGCGGCCGCGCGCUGAGGCUGCCCCACCAGCGGAGCGUCGCCGCGAAGCGGAGCCCGGUGUGAAGCCGCCGGUGGCAGCAGGGCCCAGCGUCCCGCCAGCCAAGGAACCGCCCCGGGCACCGCCUCCCACAGCGGCUCCCGCGGCCGCUCCUCCCGAGAGGCCGCCCGCGCGGCCAUUGGUCGAGGCGGCCGCGCCUGCACGUCCACCCCGGGAGGAGAAGAAGGCGGGGAAGAAGAAGCUGAAGGAGCGGCUGGCGGGGAUAGGGCGGGGCCGGCACUGGGCGCACAUCGGCGGGGUGCUGCUGCGCUUCCUGCAGCUGGCCGCCUUCUGCGUGGCCUUCUCCGUCAUCGCGGCGUCGGGGGACAACGGACUGCUCUUCUCCGACUUCCAGGCGUUCACUUUCCUGGUGGCGGCCACGGUGAUCGGUGCCACGUGGACGCUGUGCAUGCUGCUGAACGAGGUCAGCAAGUUGAUGAGCACCUUCACGCGCCAGGCCGCCGUCACCACCCUCGACGUCGCGAUCCUUCUGCUGGUCUACGGGGCUGCGUGCGCCAGCGCAGCGCUGACGACACUGAACGACAGGAGCGCGCGCCCCGCGUACCCCCGGGGCAUCUGCCAGACAGGCAUCUUCAGCAAGUUCUGCUCGCGCACCAAAGCGAGCACGGCGUUUGGGUUCAUCGGCUUCGGCUUCCUGCUGCCGUCCGUUAUCUGGGGCUUCUAUGGGACCGCCAAAGAGUACAUCAAACGCAAAAGAGAAGGAAACCGAAGAUAG